GUUAGAUAAACCAGGAUUACUCUCAAAAUUCAAAAAUCGGUUCUUGGGGUCUACUGAGGGAGCUCAUCCAUUUUUUCUACGAGCUGCUGGAAUGACAUUUCACUUUCGUUAUGUCCUUAUUGAUGCAAAUGACUACAACGGAUCAGCAAUUGUUUAUAGCUCACACAUCAAAAUGGAGCAAAAUUCUGACCUUGUGUUUCAUUUCUUGAGAACUGGAACUCUUCCAGAAACUUGGUUUUAUCAGUUUCUACUUCCAAUUGGGUAUAUUGACAACAUUUAUUUAUGCAAGUUUUGCAAUAUCAUAUAAUAACUUAAAUGCAUGCAAAUAAUAUAAACGUGCAAUUUUUCAGACCCCCAAAAAUUCCAGCAUCUGGAACAUAUCCAAUAUUUAUGUACGAAGUGGUGCAAGUCGAUCAGGAGUUGGACCAUCAAUUCAAAACUAGCAUACGGCCAGACAACUUUCCACAAUUACGACAACAACCCGCACUCUGCCUCAGCCUUGAUCAUAAAACUUAUUUUUACCAACCAACGAAAACCCACGAUCUGUGGUCCCUUCUCUCAGAGAUUCUGUUCCAUAAGCUUAUUUAUGCCUCACAAAUCUACGACAUAGCCAUGAGGAUAAAAGUUGACGAGCUAAAUUACUACCACUACAGCAAAUGGAAGAAACGACUAUUGACCAAGGGCCAUGCUCAAAGUGAGAAAUUACGACAACAGUACAAACGGUCCUCCAAAGUUAUAACCAGGCAUCGUGGAGACACCCAAGAUAUUCAGCGCGUUUCAGACGCAAUAGGACUUUCGUACACGUUAAUUGGCUUGGAUGCAAAUGGAAACUUUUUUUGGAAAGAGUGCAUUAAGCCGGAGCAACCCGUGGAAGAAGGACUCCAAAAAAUUUCAUUAUUUGUCAGGUUGCUCAAAAACAGGCAACCCGUCUGGUAUUGCAUGGACGACUCCGAGGUGGACGUGGUCAAGGAGGCCGAGGUUUAUGGCAACUCCACUUUCACCGAUACCACCACCCUUCAACGGGAAAUGUAUUUCAAACAGCACCGGAUAGAGGAGGAAGAAGGAUUGGGGCUUAUUUCCAAUGUUGUUGUACCGUCCUCAGCAUCCCGAUUCAAAUCUUUACGUAUGUACGAUCAAAAAAAUAUUUUUUUUGUAAAACCAUCAUGCUCAACCAUGAUUCGUGCAGUGAGUGGGAUUUUCACCGGAGGGAAAAGUGGUGAUCCACCCAGCUUCAUGCGGCAACCUGUUUCUGAUACAAUGGCAGCAAUAUUGGGAAGAGCAUCAGAGUUCGUUGCACGAUUAAUCCGACGAAAUACAAGAGUUGAGCCUGAAGAAUUAUCAGCACAGCAGAAAGAAAAGCAGAUUUCUUCUGGUGAACAUCCCUGACCUGCGAGUUUUUUCACGUUCAUGUUUUUUAGUUUGCAGUCGAAUAUCGAAUAAAUAAUUAUAGCUCUCGGA